AUGUCUAUUCGAGAAGUUGUCGCCUCAAAAUCCUGGUUCGGCUUCGAUCUAGAUGACACGCUCCACGAAUUCCGACGAGCCUCGGCCCAUGCCUCGAUCUGCGUUUUCGAAACAAUUCACGCCUCAAACAACGAGACCAGUAUAGAUAUCCUGAGCGAUACAUACCAAAAUAUCCUGCGCAAUGCGACCGCAAAUGCCUUCACAGAUGGCAGGACUUCAAGCGAGUAUCGGCGCGAACGGUUCGCGCAUCUCCUACAGGCGCACAGCUUCGUUGAUGACUCUCUGCUGGGUCAUCUUUUAGAGGUAUAUCAAGACUCUCUACGCAAAAGCUUGACUCUCAAGGCGGGUGCAUUGCAUCUUUUGCAGACUUUGCGAGGGCUGGGAAAGAAAGUCAUUGUCAUUACUGAGGGUCCGGCAGAUGCGCAGGAGUGGACGAUUCAGGAACUUGGCAUACGGUCUUACGUCGAUGUCCUUGUGACAACGAAUGAGGUCGGCAAGUCUAAGGUGGAUGGGAUGUUUGGUAUUGUGCUGGAGAAAUAUGGUAUCGCCGCUGAAGAUAUUAUAUACUUCGGCGAUAAUAGGAUUCGUGAUGUUCAGGCUGCGCGCGAGGAAGGGAUCCUGGCUGUUUUUUAUGAUGAAAAACAGCAGUCUCACUUGCAUGAUGUCAGUGCAUUACGAGUGAAUUCGUGGGCUGUUGUAGAAAAGGUACUCGUCCAUAGAGAGUAA